AUGCCUAAGAGCAAGAAAAGCAAAGUUUGGGCUCAUGUUAAGCAACUGCCUGAUGGCAAAGCAAUGUGCCAUCACUGUAACAAGAUAAUUGUUGUAUCAGGUGGAACUAGCAACCUUGCAAGACAUCUUAGUAGACACUACAACAUAGAAACACAACCACACCCAGCAGGAAAGGUUAUGCAGAGCUUGUUCAUAGAUUCAGCACAGACUACCCAGUGUGAUACACCCCCACUUCCUUCAAUGGGAUCAUCCAGUCAGUCCAGCACAACUGCAAGUACCAGCACAAUGGGGUCAUCCAGUCAGUCCAGCACAAUGGUGACUCCAUUCACACUUGCAAGACAGCCAAAGAUGCCAGACUUCAAGAAACACAGAAUCACAUCCACAGUUUGUAAGUACAUUGUGAAGUCCCCCCGGCCAUACCACACAGUCGAAGAUCCCUACUUCAGGGCUAUGGUUCAUGAAUUGAACCCGGCAUAUCAGCUCCCAAACCGCCAUGAUGUCAGCGAACGUCUAAUCCCUGCCAUGUACGUGGCUGCCCUUGGAUCCUUGAAGGAGGACCUGAAGAAUGCAGACUGCGUGUCACUGACUGGUGACAGCUGGAGUUCAAGAGUCACAGAUCACUACAUGACGUUAACUGUGCAUUAUCUGAAAGAUUGGGAUCUGCAAUGCAAAGUUCUCCAGACCCUUAAGGCGGAAGUCCAGCAAACUGGUGAGAACAUUACAGUUGAACUCAACGAGUGCCUCAGAGAGUUUGAGUUGGAGGGAAAGGUAAGAGUAAUGACCACGGAUAAUGCCAGGGCAAUGAUUAAUGCAUCAAAUAUGGCAGGAGCUGGCUUGUCCCUGGGCUGCUUUGCACACACCUUAAAUCUUGCUGCCCAGAAGUUACUUGAGGUCAAAGCUCUGUCCACCCUUCUGAGUACCAUCCAGCCAGUCAUCACUUACUUCAGGAAGUCAUACCUAGCCAAGUUAGUCCUGAAGGAGAAAUAA